AGAGAGAGAGGAGAGAGAGAGAGAGAGAGAGAGAGAGAGAGAGAGAGGGAGAGAGGGAGAGAGAGAGAGAGAGAGAGAGGUGGGCAACAUGCUAAGACUAAGAGCGCAGCGCCGAGGAGGAAGAAGCGCCGUGACAAUCUGCUAAGAAAACGAUCAAAGGAAAACAAGCGGCGCGAGGUUGGACAGUAAUAAUGACGUUUGUGAGAAGCAGACUUUCUCCAGAUUGAUGGAUGUCCUACAGGAGUCGCGAUUUGCAGGGCCAGAGCACUGCCCCAGUCCCCCGAACACAACCGACAAUGGCUCACAAGAUGAUGAGUCACAUGCUCUGAGGCACCAUGACGCGACUGAGCCUGCUCUUCUAGCUCCACCUGCUCUAGGUUCCUCGAGUCAGACAGCCGAGGUUCCUCUCAGCGUGACGGACCUGCACGAUGAAUCUGUCUCCAAUGCUGCUUCUGUCUCCUCUCUCUCCUCAUUUUCGUCUCUCUCCUCCCUCUCAUCCCUCUCUUCUGUCUCUGGCUCCAAGCCUGUGACUUCCUGGUCUGUGCCUCAGAGCUGCGAUAGGCCACCCCUUUCCAGCAUGGAUUCUGCCGGAGGAGACUGCCUGAGUUGUCUGAUUCCCAAGAACCAAACGUGUGAGUCCAUGCUUGGAUUAACCUCAGAGUUCCAGCCAUGCCCUGCCUCCAACAUCAGCAUGCAGUGCCUUGGCUCUGCCCAUAACACGGGACGCUAUGGUGAGCAAGUGCUGUCUGAUCAGUUGCUCAGCGGACCCACUCACGCAGCUGGAGUUAAUGAAAAUGCAGAGGAAGGGAAGUCAAUGCGAGAGAGCGAGUCAGAAGAUGACCCUGCUUCUAGGAGUAUAUAUGAGAGCCUGGGAGAGGAGGCACAGGAUUGGAGUUGUCUGGAGUCCCUGAUUAGUGAGAGCCGAAUGGAACUGUUGGACCUGUGUUCUCGCAGCGAGCUAGCAGUCAAUUUGUUCUGCGAGGAAGAUGUAGAAAGCUACAUGUUCCAGGAGGAGGAGGCGACCCUGGGUUCAGAUGUUUGUUCACUCAAAAUUCGCUAUGAGUCCUACCCAGAUGGAACGCAAGAACGGACUGAGCCUCCUCUGCAAGAUGAAUCCCAGCUAGGUUUCUUUCCUGCUCUACCAACAGAAGACUUAAAAGAUAAAAGAGAUCAGUCGAAUGAAGACAAGGCAGAUGCCCCAACGACCCCCAACAGCAACUUUCUUUUUGACCUCAGUAAUUCACCAGAGGACUCUGGUGAGUUCAGUGAUGACAGCUAUUGCACUGGCUCAUCUCCCGAUGCCUGGCAGGCCCAGCGACCCCAUGGGCAUCUGUCCAGGGAGAACUCCAGUUCCUCCAGCCAGCUUAGUUACCGCCUUCGCGCCAAGAGGAAGGUUCCUUACAGAGAAGAUUAUCUAUACGACGUGGACUCCAUAGAGAGCGAGAAAAAUGCUGAAAAGCGCGAGAAGCAGUCUGUUGGACCGAAGAAGGAGCGAGACGACGACUGGUGCCCUAAGAAGCGGCGCCGGUCCUGUCGGAAGGAGCCACCCGUCAUCAUUAAAUAUAUCAUUAUCAACCGCUUUAAAGGUGAGAAGCACAUGGAGGUAAGGUUGAGUAAAGUGGACCCCUCAGUCAUGAUGGUGCAGCUUAGUCCAGAUAGCCUACUACACUACGAAAGACUGGCACCUCUGAAGGAGUACUGGCAGAAAAAGGAAAAGGAACAGCAGGAGCAGAACAAAUUAGCAGGUUCAGACAAAACCAAACGCCUCAAUGGCUGCAAGCGGCCACCGAGCACUAACCACAAGCGCAAACAAAGGUGUACAAGUAGACUCAGGAUUCAACGGAUCCAUGCAGUGGAGAGUUCAACAUUCAGCCAAACUGCAGCUGCCUCUUCUAACAAUGAACAAGUGAAUGAAACAGUGAAAAGCACACAAGAGAGCACUGCACAUAAUGCCUUGGAAAAAGUGGAGACAGGCAACAUAGUUCACCCAGCCAGGGCUAAGAGCAGAACUGAAGAACGGGAGGAGAGGAGGAAGGAAGGUAAAAUAGGAAAGAUAAAAAAAUUUAAGAGUGAAGCCAGACUAGCCCGGUCUAAAAAGCUGAAAGAAGCACAGAAAGAGGAAAACUCCACUGCCUCUGAGCUUACAGAGUUAAGUUCUUGUUUACCUGAAAACCUUAGUAACUCUUUGGAAAGUAAUCUUAUCACAAACGAGACCUCGGUUGAAAAAUGCACUUUGAGCUCCACUGCCCCUGGGACUAAUGGGAAUGUGGGACUCCUGCCUGGUGGAUAUCUUCAGACUCUCCUGGAAGUUUCUGAUUCUUCCAGCAGUGCCAAUGUUACAUAUUUCCCUACAGACCAGCAGCAGCAGCCAGGGUUGCUACCAGUUGCAGCACCCUUGCAACCUGCACAGACUUGUGUACUCUCCCCUCCUUCAGAGUCUGAGCUCCCCCAUUCGCCUCAGUCUCUCAAUCACAUUCCACACCACACACCAUAUCCCAAAACCAACCACAGUGAACAAACCUACCCAGUCACUUGGCCUUCCCAACCCACAGUUGAGCAGCUUUCAUUCUCUCCGGACAUCCCAACUCAGUCCCCAGUCAUGCCACCAGGCUUUCCCAAGCCAGUUCCCGUGGUAGUGGGGGACAAUGCAACAGUGACAGGGUAUGGCCAGAUACCACUGGGUGCCUGCCGGAUGCCUUUUGAAGAACCACUCCUACCAGAGCCCCACUCUGAUACUGAUUAUGGGCUCAGCCCAUCAGGGUCACGUGGUGAAAAUGGCAUGGGACGACUUGUCAGCUUUAACUCCUUGGGAUCCCUCUCUGCAGCUUCUAGCAACUACAGUUCCCUUAGCCUGAGAGAUGGAGAGAGGGAACGAGAAGAGGAGAUAAGUGAGAUCAACGAUGGCUUCUUGUCGCACUGCAGCCCGCGGCUAGUUCUGCAGCAGAGUCUUGAGGAAGUCACUCCCCUCAGAGAGUCCACUGACUUGCUUGACAUUUCUAACUUCACCCCAGACAAGUUCCGCCAUUCCUCGUUGUCGGAGAUGUCCCCGCCUGACACGCCAAGCCCCUCUCCACAGUUGCUGGGGAACUGUGGGAAAGCAGGAGGUUUUCCAGAGACAGGAGGGUCUAAUGUGCGGUGGAACUCCAGUGCUGUCCCACAACUUGAGCAAGACACAUCUGGAAACACAUACCUCUUACAAACCUUCAGCACGGAGGAUGAGCAAGAAGGGCUUCAGGGUAGUAAGGGGUCUAAAAAGAAGGGCGGAAAGAAUGGACAAAGCACCAAAAAGAGCAAAACACCCAGAGCGCCAAAAAGCGAGAGGGUGAAGCUCCCGCGUCAGGGUUCUCGUUCUGCCAAGAAGAUCAAGGCAUUGCUGGAAGGAAAAGCAGUGAAAGGUGGGGAGGGAUUUGAAAGUGGCGCUCCCUCUCCAACUCCCUCGCUAAGCAUAAUGGGAGCUCAGGGGGAGUGGCCUAAUGCUGGAGGCUUGUCAGAUGAGGACCAGGGUGAGUUCCAAGAACCGUCAAACAUCCUGUCUAACAUAGUCUCCGGCAUGGCCGAGGUACAGCGCUUCAUGCGGGCCUCAGUGGAACCACUUUGGGGACCUUGUUUGUCGCCAGGGCAACAUGCUCUGCAAAGCCAGACGCUCAAGAUUCUGGGUAGCAGUGUUGACCUAAAGAAACGGGGUGGGACUUCAGGGGCGGGUAGGGGGAGGAAGGGGGAGGGCCGUGGUGGUAAAACGUCACCAAAACUCCUCCCACCUGGUUUCUUCCCUCCUCUCGGUCUGGACUGCCUCCCGUUUCCACAUCGGCCCGCCCACAAAAAGAUGUACCGCCACAAAAGCACCGCAAAGUUCGCCCGUGACGAACUUUUAGCGGGUAAAAGGGACAUUAAAGGAGUAGCGCUGACUGCCUUGGUAGAAAAACGGAGGUAAUAUUUUCUCUCUGCAGUAUCCCUUCUGAGUUUCCUAUCCUUGUUUCCUGUUCCAAUCCUUCUGAGCCUCUACCACACACCUUUCAGAGCUGCAUGGCACUGACUUUACCCACAAUCCUUUGCCUGCCCCACAGGAAGGUGGGUACACCCUGCAUGACAGCCCUGCUAAGCUACCUAAUGACUAUCUGGAGUCACUCUAUCACGGCUGCAUCUAUCUGCCAUUGCUGCUUUGUUGCAUUUCUAAAUUAUUUUUUUUUAAUUUGUGAUCAGUUCUUUUUUAAGAAGAGACAAUGCCUUGAAAGCCUUCUUAAAUCUUACUUUGGUGUAGUAUUAAAAUUGUAUUUUUUUGUCCUCUGUUCUCCGUUGCAGCUCUAGCAGUCUGUGUGUUCAAUCUGUGUCCCAACAUCAUCGUUUAAAACAAGCCCAGCACCCUGCUCUGGCUCUCAGCAAACGGUUGCCUUCAGUUGUUCAGGGGUUGAAGGUUGUUUUUAGUUUUCUGUGCUAAGAAACGUUACCCUUGUUACUGUGCCAACUAUUCAGAAUGAUGCAUUUUGGGAACCCCAAAAGUAGCGUCUGUUUAGGAAAGAACGUCAUACUUUUAUAUAAGACGCGACUGCGUCUCGAGUCUUAAUGUACUUGCUGUCUUUAAUAUAAUGUUUAUUUAUGAUUUGAGUAAGGGGUUUCACUUACCUGUGCCAUAGGCCGACUCCCCUCUGCCAGUAUCUAAAUGCUGUUGUACAGGAACAUAUGCACUAUUUACAAAAUAAGAUUAUAUCAAACAUGUUUAAAUUAAUGUGCCAAAAUAUGAACAAUUAAGUGUACAGACAUUUUUAUCAACAUAAAUAUUUGUUGUUUUUUAAUGUGGUGAUGGUUGUGGGAGUGUAUGUUUGUGAGCCUGGGGUGGGUUGGAAAAUAAUUUUGGAUUUGCUGUUGUUACAUAUGCAGACAUCAGUUGUGAAGUCAUCUGUACAAUCUGGAAAAAGACGUCAUUGUUUUCCAUCAUUUCGUUUGAUUUUUACACCGUUGGUGAGCAGAAAAAAAGAGAAACAGCUGAGCUCGGAGACGGCUAAAGGGGAUUUCUGUGUAAUUCAGUCAUUGAGAUGUAAACAGAGUCAUUCAGAGUGGUUUGAUGUGAAAAGGUUGAUAGCAGAGACUCAGAUUUCUUUACAGUGGUGGUGAUAGGAACCAGGAGUCACCUUGUCCACAACACAGAUAAAGCCAUUUUGUUUACUAUCCAAAACCACCGGUGAACCUACACGUCUUUUUAUAUGUAACGUUAAUGAUGGUAAAGUAGCGGCAGGUCAGGCAUUGUAUUCACAGCCGUUUCAUGUAAUAACUUUCUUGGAAGUAGCUUUUAGAGGCAUUCAAUGUUUCGGACGUCUGGUUCCUAUCACCACCACUGUGCGCAAUUUUGAUUCGGCAAGGUUCUCCACAAUGCCACAUUUCACAGCAAAUUGCUCUCAUGACUUUGUUUACACCUCUAUAAUGAAAUUAUUCCCAAACUUGGAAUGCUCAACAGAAUUCCCCUUUAAUCCUUUCAGGAGUGAGUUUUCUUGCAUGCAGUCCUGGAAUUCUUCAGCUCUGUUAGCUGUUGAUAGAGAUGAGUGGUCUCAUUGAUAUAAAUAGAAUUAUUAAGCGAAUGUUAUAAAGGAUAAGAUGUAGGGAGUGAGACUUGGACGAAGGCUUGGCACAAAAGUAACCAAUAACUUACCGUAAUCGGUAUGGAAGGCGAAAUCAUUUUCGACUGAUAAAUUUUAUAUGAGACACUGUAAUUGCUUCAUAAAUCUAAAGCGAUCAGGAGAGAGCUGUUCUGUUUACUUUCACCAAUCGCUUCAGCCAAUAUAUUAACAGGACCAAAUAUUUUUGAUAGUUUUUUUUUUCCAGUGUAUUGCUAGAGAUUUGCAUGCAUAUUCAAAUUUAGUUGUGGAUGCCCUUCAUUUUUGCUUUUUUCUGACUCUAAUUGCAUUUUUGAGUCAGCGUCAUGGCGAUAUGUUCCUCUGCUAUGUUUGAAUGUUUAAUGUUUACAAAUAAUAUAUAUGCCCCCCCCGCAGACCCCCCUCCCACCGGCAGACCCCCCCACACACAUACAUAAUAUCUUAUGGCAGAAUUCCUCGGAGUCUCCUUGCUUUAUGGCAGGAGCAUUUUUUUUCGCGUUUGUGUUGACGAGGGAAGCUGGUGAUCCGCUCAGACUCUACCAAAUUACCCUUGUAACGGAACAUCAAACGGAACAUUUCCAUCAACUACAGAGAUCUUUAGCCCUUUUUUAUGAAUGUAUUAUGCCUUCAUGUUCGAGGUGUUUGUUUCAUUAUGAUUUUUUUUCGCAUUAUGAAACGACAUUUUUGCCUUUUUCUCAUCACAAAAAAAAGAGAUCUGUUUGUAUCAUCUGGAAUCUUUGCCAGGUGGGUUAUUAAUGAACUCUUGAUGUAGGGGAAAAUUACAACCUGUAUAUUUUUCAUUGUGCCAAUUUGUAACAUAUUUUCUAAGUGUAUAUUUUUCUUAGAAAGUGCUGUGAAGGUCGUUCUUGAUGUGGCUUCUGUUCUUUUUGCCUCCCGGGGGCUGAAAAAAGGUGGCUAGCUAUCAUGGUUUUUUUGGUUUUAAAGCCAAAAUUGUGAAAGACAAAAAAACUAUGAUGAAGGAGUAAAAGCUGUGGCUCUUUGUUGAGUUCUGUUACUGGACCAAUCUUAUUGUGAGAGUGUUGUGCUCUAGUAAAAUUACCGAUUUAAAAAAAAAAAAGAAAGAAAAGAAAAGAAAAAAAACAUGAAAACAGAUGGCUAAUCAAUGACACUGAUUUGUGAUUUCCUC